AUGGAUUGUGCUGGUUCUGCUGCUGUUGCCCUAGCUCAGGCCCAGGCACAGGAGCCCCUGGCAUUCCCUGAUCAGUUAAGUCCAUCUCCCCUUCUCCUGUCUGGACAAGAAGUACACGGGAAUGAAAGAGGAGCUUGUCUUUGGAGACCUUGGCUGUCCUCCACAGAUGACCCCCCAAGACAGGUGAGGAAACUGAUGGAGUUGGCCGCUGGUGGGGCAACCGCUGCUGAGGUCACCAAGGCUGACUUCAAAUUCCAUCACCCCGUCAGGCUCUUCUGGCCUAAAUCUCGCUCCUUUGACUACCUAUAUAGUGAUGGGCAGAUUUUACUGCAUAACUUCCCUGUCCAAGCAACCAUCAACUUGUAUGAAGACUCUGACACUGAAGAUGAGGAAGACGAAGAAGAAGAGGAUGAAGAAGAGAAAGGGGAGGCAGAUAUAAAGACCCCAGAAGAGUGUGUGAGGGAAAGACGAGUGAAGAAAAUUGCAGGUGUACGGAAGCAAUUAGUCCAACGGAUCUUGGGACCAAAAGAACUAGAUGGUGUUCCGCCACCACUACAAACUACUUUGAAAGCGAUCACAUUAGAAGGUCCUAAAUAG